UUUCUCUCGCUCACUAUAUAAACUUUCCAAUCGUUUCAUCUCAUUGUUUACGCCCCUUCUCUCUCUCUUACUCUUAACUCUCACUCUAACUCUCACAUUACUCUCUUUUUUUCCCACUACUUUACUUUCCGAUGGGCGACCUCCCGUGCGACGGCGAUGGGGUUUGUAUGGUGUGCAAAACAAAGCCAUCUGAGAACGAAUCUCUCAUCUGUAAGACUUGUAUCACUCCCUGGCAUGUCAACUGUCUCUCUUCUUCUCCUGAUUCCAUGGCUGAUGCCGUUAACUGGUGUUGUCCUGACUGCUGUAUGGACCAUUCUGUUAAACCGAAUGCCGCUGGUUCAUCUAAUGGAGACUUGAUCGCUGCGGUUCAUGCUAUAAAUUCCGAUCCGUCACUCACCGAUCAAGAGAAGAACAAGCGGCGACAAGAGCUCUUGAGUGGAGGCCUUAUAGAGGAGGUGGCGGAACGUGUCAAUCUGGACAACAACGAUGUUCUUAAGAUUCUUGAUGGCAGUUUGAACUGCUCUAUCUGCAUGCAACUCCCUGAGAGACCUGUUACGACACCUUGUGGUCAUAACUUUUGUUUGAAGUGCUUCCAAAAGUGGAUUGGGCAGCGGAAGAGCACCUGUGCUAAUUGCCGCACUCCUAUUCCGGCUAAAAUGGCAAGCCAGCCUCGAAUUAACUCUGCUCUGGUCAUUGCCAUAAGAAUGGCAAGAACGCUACGAUCUGGUACUUCCAGCGGGACCUCAAAAGUUGCACAUUUUAUUCACAACCAAAAUAGACCUGACAAAGCUUUCACCACUGAGCGUGCAAAAAAGACCGGGAAGGCUAAUGCUUGCAGUGGGAAGAUUUUUGUCACAAUCCCCGGUGACCAUUUUGGACCAAUAUCGGCAGAUAAUGAUCCAGAGCGCAACUUGGGUGUCUUGGUUGGUGAGACUUGGGAGGAUCGUUUUGAGUGUCGGCAAUGGGGGGCUCAUUUCCCUCAUGUGGCUGGAAUAGCAGGACAGUCAGAUUACGGGGCCCAGUCUGUUGCACUUUCUGGAGGUUACGAGGAUGAUGAGGACCAUGGUGAAUGGUUUCUUUAUACCGGAAGUGGUGGAAGAGACUUGAGUGGUAACAAGCGAACAAACAAGCUACAAUCAUUUGACCAGAAGUUUGAUAAGCUUAAUGAAGCUUUACGUGUCAGCUGUCUCAAGGGUUAUCCUGUCCGAGUUGUUAGGUCCCACAAAGAGAAGCGCUCUUCAUAUGCACCAGACAAAGGAGUACGAUACGACGGGGUCUACAGGAUUGAAAAAUGUUGGCGGAAAGCUGGAAAACAAGGAUUCAAAGUUUGUCGAUAUCUUUUCGUGCGCUGUGAUAAUGAACCUGCUCCAUGGACCAGUGAUGACCAUGGUGACCGUCCUAGGGCCUUGCCUACCAUCAAAGAACUAAAUGGUGUCACAGAUAUGACUGAGAGAAAAGGAGCUCCAGCCUGGGAUUAUGAUGAGGAAAAAUGUUGCUGGAUGUGGAAAAAGGCUCCUCCUCCUAGUAGGAAACCAGUUCAAUCUCAAAAUGAAGAUGGAACAAAAGUGAGGAAAGUUAGACCAAAGAAACUUAUGUCUGUAAAGCAGACGCUCUUGAAAGAGUUUAGCUGUCUUCUUUGUCGGGAAGUGAUGGAUCACCCGCUUACCACUCCAUGUGCUCACAACUUCUGCAAGGCAUGUUUGGAAGGUGCCUUUGCAGGGCAGUCUUUCACAAGACAGAGGACAUGUGAAGGCAGACGUACAUUACGAGCACAGAAAAAUAUAAUGAAAUGCCCCUCGUGUCCAACUGAUAUAUCUGAUUUCCUCCAGAACCCCCAGAUUAAUAGAGAGUUGAUGAAUGUGAUAGAAUCACUGAAGCGCCAAAUAGCGGAAGAAAAUGCAGCGUUAAGUGAUGAUGUUGCUGAUGGCGGCUUGGAUGGAAACGAUGAGGUUCUAGCUGAAGAAGCUGCUGGAACAGAAAGUGUGGAGGAUGAUAAAGAAGGUGCACAGCCUGUCAAUGAGACUGAAAUCAAGCAGACCCACAAGAGAAAGAGAUCCAGUGAUUCCCUUGACAAUCCUGAUGUUGUGCAUAAUCUCGAGGAAGUUGAUUCUGCCAUACCUGAAGUGGCAGUUUGCUAGUAGCCACAAGCUACUGGACAGGUCAUUCCGUGAAUGGUGAUUCUGAACAAGUUGGAUGACAUGUUAAUUUUGGAUAGUUUCUAAUUUAUCUUUUGUUGGACCGAUAAGAACUUGGUGCAUUUGCCAAAAUCCAAUUGCAUAACCCUAGCCCUUGCAUUGCAAUCUUGCUUUGAUGUCGGAGCUUAUAUCAGCAACCAAUUGGUGUUUUAUUGUAAUCUUUUUGGAUAGUAGAUUGAAAUUAUGAAUUGCAACCAUUAAUGUUAGGAGAUUUCUUUUCUUUAUA